AUGUUCCAUGAUCUUCUUGGACAGUGCGACGAGGUUGGCCGUAUCGCAGUCGGGGCGCUCUACCACGUCCAGCACAAAGAUGGAGCCGACGACAAACCCUUGGGGGGACACGAGGGGCGCCGACGCGUAGAAGCGGAUGCGAGGGGUGCCAUUCACAAACGGAUUGUGCACGAGGCGGGGGUCCUGCAGCGUGUCCAGCACGACGGUGGGGUUGGCGCUCACAGUGUCGCAGAGGCUGAUGGUGCGCGGGAUCUCCGUGAGUCCAAGUCCCACACUGGCUUUGAACCACUGCCGAGCGUUGUCCAUGAAGCUCACUGCGGCGAUGGGGCACGCAUACGCGACGAUCGCGUCGCCGCAGAUGGCGUCGAAGAACUCGUCCGCCUUUGUGUCCAGGACAUUGUAACUGCUCAGUACGUCCAUUCGCUCUUGGUCGUCCUUGUUGGCCCAAUCGAAUUCAGUUACGUCGUCGCAGCUGCCGAUGCUCGACAGCUUUCGCGACGAAAAGAACGGGAGUGCAGUGGUCCAUUUUGGCAGAGGCCCGUACGUCGACUGCCGCUGCGCUUGCUGCCACGGAUCGUCCAUGCUGUACGCGGCUUUGUCGAGGUGGUCGAGGACAGCGGCAGCCAAGAGGACCAAGGCGGCCAUGUCGCAUAUGUCGUCGUCCAAGUGUGCGCGGUCGUCGAAGCCACACACGGUCCCGAUGACGUGGCCAGUCGGAGUCGUGAUAGGGGCGGCCGCGUAGAACCGGACGUUGGCUUGUGUGACGAGGGGGUUGUGCGCGAACCUGUCGUCCAGGAGCGUGUCUGGUACGGCGAUGGGGCCGCUGGACGCUACCGUGCAGAAGCUCACGCCGCGAGGCACUUCCGACACGGACAAGCCCAAUGUGGCCUUGAACCAUUGCCGGUCCUUGUCGAUGAACGUCACGGCAGCGCACGAGCAAUUCAGUGCCUUGGCGGCCAAGUCGCAUACAAUGUCAAACACGUGGUCUUUGGGUGUGUCGAGAAUGCUGAGCUGGUACAACGCUUGGAGACGUUCGUCUUCGUUGGAUGCAAUGGGAAGGGAAGUCGACGCGGUUUCACAGGUCAUCACUUGGUGUGGGGUUGGAAGGGAGAUGGAGAAUGA